AUGACCAACAAAAGAAAGAGAGGUGGCAAAGAUGGUGCACCCCUAAAGACCAAGAACCAGAAGAGAGCCAAAGCCAAUAUCGGCCCUUCUAUCCCAACGCUGGUUAAGAAGCCGUUCGUCGAAUCUCCCAUUGGCGAUGAGCGCCGGCGAGAGGCUUCGCUGUAUGACCUUCUGGGCAGUGAAGAAGAGUCCGAUCGAAUUGCAGCUGCCGAUUGCAUUAUAUCGUCCUUAUUCGGCGAAGAGCCCGUCUCCGAAGCCGUACUUGUUCGACAUCUCAACCGACGUCUCUUCCGAGGCCUUGCCAGUGGCCGUAACGCUUCUAGGCUCGGCUUCAGUCUAGUAAUAACCGAAAUCCUAACCCAAUUGUUUGGUAAGGAUAAUAUUGCGGCGACCAGGUAUCCAGAGUUGACUUUUGAGAUUGUUCUGGGUUUCCUCAAAGACAAGACACAACCCGAAGGGAAUAUUCCUGGCCAAGAAGAACGAGACCACUACUUUGGACAACUCUUUGGUAUCGAAUGUUUUGUUCGAUCCCAUAUUCUCUUUUCGUCUCCGUCUAGAUGGAAUAAUGUACUGGAUUCAAUCCUGCGCCUUGCUUCGAAGAAGGUUUGGCUUCGCUCUCAGUGCGGUUGGAUCAUUGUUGAAGCCAUUGAGCAGAUGUCAGAACAAGUCGCCGAAAAUACACUUAGAAGUGUUGCGGAGGCUAACAUGGCGAAGACUCCUGAAGGAGUUGCAAUCUGGAUUGUCGCCCUGAAGAAAUACAAGGACUUGAAGGUCAAGCCUUGGAAACACCCUCUAGCAGCCAAAUCAUUUGGUGACUUGUCUGUAGUCCUCAAAGAGAAUUUCAGUGAGACUACGAGUGACACUGCCGAAAAAGGAAAUAAACAAGGCAGCUGGAGCGCCCAGUUGCCUUUUGUUUGGAACCUGCUGCUUCAGCAUUAUGGCAAAGAGGAAGAAUCGACAGACGACUUUGACCAAUUCUGGGGCCGAGUGGUUGAUGACAGCCUUUUCACCAAGACUGCUACUGAUGGACAGAAGUUCAAAGGAUUUAUGAUUUUCCAAAUGAUGUUGGAAGGCCUUGAAUCCCAAAAGACAAAAAUUAAUAAGCUGUUUGGCAAAAACUUCAUGACUUGUCUCAUGAACCAAGCUGCCAAAGAAGAUCGCUAUCUGCACAGAGCUGCUAUUAAGUCGCUUAAGUGUAUUGAAUUAAAAGCUACAGCUUUUCCAGAUAUUCUACCAACAAUACUCCAAAACCUGCUUGGCAAGUUCGGCGCCUAUAACUUUGAUCAGCGAACAUCGACAAAAACGAUAGAUAAGCUUCUCCAGAACAUAAACGAAACCAACGAGAAGAAAGUUCUCAGUGCUCUACAAAAACUAAUCUCCUCUCUCGAUGGAGAUGAUGAAGCACAAUCCCGUGCAUCUCUCCGUUGUUAUGUUGAUUACCUAGGGAAAGCACUGAGUGCUGCUACGACACCAAAGAAAGAUGACGAUAAAAAGACCGGCUCAUUGUCUUCAUACGGCCUCUUCCUCCAAGAAUUAUCAAGGGUUGCCUAUUCAAAGCCAGAAGAAAUACCCGCAGCUAUACUAACGGACCAAAUUCGUGAACAGUGUCGUUCACGGCUGGAAUCUAGCCUAGCCAAGCUCACACGUGGUGCUGACGACCUUUCAACAUUCUGUAAUGCUAUUGGUGCAAUUGACGCAACGUCCGUUCCAAUGGAAGAGGAUGUAAAGGAAGCGGCUCAGGACGCACUCGCCCGCAUGCAAAGGCUGUUAAAGAGAAAAUCAAAAACAGAAGCUGACCACAGUCUUGCUCAAGGUUUAGCGACCUUGCACGCAAUUUCUAUCUUCCAGCUGUAUAACGAGGAUCCAGAUGCCUUCCAAGCCCUUCAAGACUUGGAGCAAUAUGAUACCAGACUCAAAGCGGGCGAUAAGAGUACCGGAAGUUCCGAGCUCUUGGUUGAGAUUCUCCUCGCCAUGGUCGCGCGUCCUUCUUCUCUUAUGAGACAAGUCUCUCAACAAGUCUUUGAGUCAUUUACUUCCCAAAUUACUGCCGAUGGCCUCUCUUUGUUAACUGAUCCACUGGCCUCUGGGGAAAGCACCAAAGGCCAGCGUGAAUUGUUCAACACAGAAGAGGACGGCAUGGACAUUGAUGAGGCGGUAUCCGGAGAGGAAGAUGACGACGAUGAAGAGCAUGCCGAUGAAGACGACCACAAUGUUGUUGAUCUCGACGAUGUUUCUGAUAUUGACAUCGGGUCCGAUGUAGAAUUCGUAAACCUCGACGAAGAAGAAGCGGACGAUCAUGAAGACUCGGAGAGUGACGAUCAGGACGAUGAUGACGAUAAUGAGGAAGCAGCGGAUGCCUCUAAUGAAGACGGCCCGAUAGAACUUGACGAUCUCGUUGGAAGCAUUCUCAGAAGUCACCGGUUGGACAAAGACAUGGAUGCCAUCUCGUCGGCUUCAGAUGGUGACAUGUCCGACUCCGAAAUGCUUGCUCUAGAUGAGAAGCUUUCAGAGGUGUUUAAGAAUCGUGUCAAAGCAAAGCCCGAUACCAAGAAGCAAAAGAAAGAUGCUAAACAAUCCGUCGUCAACUUUAAGCACCGUAUUCUUGACCUCCUCGACAUCUAUGUCAAGAAUGAGGCUCUCUCGCCUCUCGCAUUUGCAGUGCUAUCGCCGCUCCUCAAUCUGAUGCGCACCACAAACACAAAGGCACUUGCGACCCGCGCUUGCGAGACUAUUCUCAACUACCAGCGAGGGCUCAAGAAGGGUCGCAAUAGCAAAGAUGCCAUGGACUCUAACAAUGAAACGGACUUGCCCGCUCUUCUCAUCGAGAUCCACGACGCUGCUGGCCAAGACAACUCGCACGCAUACACCAAGGCAGCCAGCGCCGCAAGUUUGAUCCUUGCCUCAGCCAUGUAUGCUGCUGAUGCAGCCAGCAUCAAACAAGUUGCUGCGUUGUAUGCCAGUACGCAGUCGCGGUGGGUGCUUGGUGAAGCACAGCUGCAAAGCUCCUUUUUUGCGGACUGGAAUAACUGGUGUCAAAAUCAUGCUUCGCAGGCUCGUUCUUCGUAA